AUGGCGACAACCGCGAACUCUGCAUCCCCGGGCACCAUUGUCUUUUAUGACAUCGGCCAUAGGCCUCCCGUAACUGAAUCCUGCUGCUCGCCGAACCCCUGGAAGAGUCGCCUUGCGCUCAACUUCAAGGCCGUUCCAUACUCGACGUCAUGGGUGGGCAUGCCCGACAUCGCCAAAGUGCGUCGCGGUCUGGGCGAGAGUGCCGGUCGCAAGUUUGCCGACGGCACUGAUUUCUACACCCUGCCUAUGAUCCACGAUGAUGCCACUGGGUCUACAAUCAGCGACUCUUUCGACAUCGCUGUCUACUUACAGCGUACAUAUCCCGACUUGGGCGCUGGCGAUUUAUUUCCGAGACAAACUCUCGACUUCACUUUCACGCCUCCCUUUGACCUGGCUGUGCCACUGUCGGAACGCGGAGAUGGUGGCUUUCCUGAAUAUUAUCGCUUCAAUACAAAUGUGGAUGCGGUAUUCACCACCCAUACUCUGCUCAUGGUGAGCGGCAUGCCUCUUGACCCGGCGACGAUUGAGCAAACCAAGGCUGAAUUUGUCCGCCGUGCUGGCGUCCGCUCUUGGGAUGAUUUCACCUUGACGAGCGAGGCGCGCGAGAAGCUCAUGGAAUCCUUACAGGUGGCGCUGGGAGACUUGGCCAAGUUGUUUCUUGAAAAUGCUGGAGGCCCUUUUCUGCUGGGGCAACGGGCUAGCUAUGCGGACUUGAUUGUCGGUGCCUGGUUGCGAAUGGCAUACGUAUGUUUGCCCAAGUCCGAAUGGGAGGAAGUGAGAUGCUGGCACGAUGGCGUUUUUGGUCGGCUGCACGACGCACUAGAUACGUUCGCCGAAGUGAAAUAA